ACUGUGCUGUACUGUACUGUGCUGUGCUGUGCUGUGCUGUGCUGUGCUGUACUGUACUGUAGAUUUAGUUAUAUUUUGAUUGAGAACUGAAGUCUUCCAAGUGCCCGGACCGCCUCUUGUUCCUCGGUCACGCCCAAACAGAGUGCGCUCAGAGCGGCUAGUGGCUGGAGAGGAGACUAGUCCCGCCUACAGGCGUGGCUCUCUCCCUCUGGUAGCUGCCGUUAGAACUAACCGAAUGUUAGAGUGGAACUGUCCAGUAAUCUAGAGAGAGACGGAGAGAGAGAGUGAAGCAAACCAGGAUGAACAGUCAGAUGUCUCUCUAGUCUGUGAGUUUUGUCGCAGUGGAAUAGACGUGCACUUGUAUUGUCAAUGCUUGCACCGCUCACCAUUGUAUGUGAUUAUAAACUAUCUAUUUUAGAUUUGUAAACUUGUAGCAAGAUGUCAGAAGGUGUCUGGAGGAAACGCGUGCCCUCCACGGCUGGAGGAGCCUCGUUCACCUGCCUCGUGAUGAUGUUUCUUCUCGUCGCCGUUAUCAAACACCGGGGGACUCUCGUGGAGGAAGGUUCCAACGGGAGAGAGUUCGGGACUCGCUCCCUGCAAACUUUAAACAGCAUGAAUAAUAAUAACCAAGCUCCAGCCGAGGAUCGGGUCGGGGAGAAAUGUCAGGCGACCCAGGUCAAGGGUUUCUCGGCGUACUUCAGUGAGUUGAGCCGGGGGAAGCGGGCGGUGGAGCACAGAGCGGUGAAGGAUCCUACACCGGUGGAGGAGCUCAGUCCGGCGGAUGUGUUCAUAGCGGUGAAAACCACCAAGAAAUAUCACCACACCAGGCUGGAUCUACUGCUGGACACAUGGAUCUCUACAAACAUGCUACAGACGUAUGUAUUCACCGACGGAGAGGAUGACAGGCUGAGGAAGAGGAUGGGGAGUCACAUGAUCAAUACGAACUGUUCAGCGGCCCACAGUCGCCAGGCUCUGUCCUGUAAAAUGGCCGUCGAAUACGACACUUUCAUCAGCUCUGGAAAGAAAUGGUUCUGCCAUGUGGAUGAUGAUAACUACGUGAACAUACGUCCCCUUGUGAAGCUCCUGUCUCACUACAGCCACGCCCACGACGUCUACAUUGGCCGGCCGAGCCUCGACCGACCGCUAGAAGCCACCGAGAGGUUUGGCGACGCCCACACGCGUCCAGUGCGUUUCUGGUUUGCCACAGGAGGAGCAGGGUUCUGUGUUAGUCGAGGUCUCGCCCUCAAGAUGAGCCCCUGGGCCAGUGGAGGUAAUUUCAUGACAACAGCUGAUCGUAUUCAUCUCCCUGACGACUGUACGGUUGGUUACAUCAUCGAGGCGUUGCUAGGGGUGGGUCUUAUCCGCUCCCCACUGUUCCACUCUCACCUGGAGAACCUUCAGCUGGUGUCACCGACACAGAUACACCACCAGGUGACUCUGAGUUAUGGAACGGUUGACAGUAAGAGAAACAUAAUCAAUUUAAGAGGAGCGCUCUCAUUGGACGAAGACCCUACCAGGUUCAGGUCUGUCCAUUGUGUCUUAUACCCAGACACUCCGUGGUGUUCAGCCCUGACCUGGUACUGAGGUACUGACCCCACCAGUCCAGAGACACAGAAAGAGGGGAGAAGAUGAGAGAUGGAGCAAAGACAUGGAAGGGGGCGACAGACAGAGGAGAGAACAGGAGAAGAGAGACUAGAGACAUUGAUGAAUGGACAGACAGAGGAGAGAACAGGAGAAGAGAGACUAGAGACAUUGAUGAAUGGACAGACAGAGGAGAGAACAGGAGAAGAGAGACUAGAGACAUUGAUGAAUGGAUAGACAGAGGAGAGAACAGGAGAAGAGAGACUAGAGACAUUGAUGAAUGGACAGACAGAGGAGAGAAGAGAGACUAGAGACAUUGAUGAAUGGAUAGACAGAGGAGAGAAGAGAGACUAGAGAUAUUGAUGAAUGGACAGACAGAGGAGAGAACAGGAGAAGAGAGACUAGAGAUAUUGAUGAAUGGAUAGACAGAGGAGAGAAGAGAGACUAGAGAUAUUGAUGAAUGGACAGACAGAGGAGAGAACAGGAGAAGAGAGACUAGAGAUAUUGAUGAAUGGAUAGACAGAGGAGAGAACAGGAGAAGAGAGACUAGAGAUAUUGAUGAAUGGACAGACAGAGGAGAGAACAGGAGAAGAGAGACUAGAGAUAUUGAUGAAUGGAUAGACAGAGGAGAGAAGAGACUAGAGACAUUGAUGAAUGGACAGACAGAGGAGAGAACA